AUGGAAGAAGCUCGUGUUCAUGCUGCUCUACAGGCUACCUGUGCCAGUAUAACUUGUGCUAUGAAAAGAAUUAGAGGGAAAGAGGAUGUACAGACUCGUAUGGCGGCAGGUUUUGGUGCUGGAGCUAUGUUUAGAUUGAUGACGCGGAUGGGCGGUCCUUACCUGGCAGCCGAUGCAGUCAUACUAGGUGUCGUCUGUGCACUUGUUGCAGGUACUAUGCAUCAGCUAGAUCAAACACACUCUCAACCGGCAGUGGAGUAUACCAGAACUAGAUGCAUGCUGUCGAACCUUGGACUUCAGAGUUACGAGAAGAACUUUGAGAAAGGCUUGUUAACAGACAUUACUAUGCCUUUGCUUACAGAAAGUGUUCUCAAAGACGUAGGAGUCCCUCCUGGACCAAGGCUUCUAAUACUUGACAACAUUGCAAGGGAUCCUGAACUGCAAAAAACGCGGCAAGGACGUGCGGUGAAAAAAUGCGACAAUGCAUUACUUGGUCUUAUGGGCGAGGUGCUCGAUUAG